UCCUAUAAAUUAUCAUCCAUACAUCGAUCAUCAAGCUACCACAAAUUCCAUCAAUGGCUUCCGAAAACAUGACUCUUAAACUUUUAGUCAACAAGGCAACCCAGAAGGUCUUAUAUGCAGAAGCCACCAAAGAGUUUGUGGACUUCCUUUUUCACUUGUUCUCUUUGCCUGUCGGCACCUUGAUCCAGCUUGUGGGCUCCAAACAAAUGGCCGGUUGCUUAGGUAAACUAAAAGAAAGCCUCGAAAGCUUUAAUCAAAUCUACCUUCAACCUGGCGUCAAUAAAAAUAAUAUCUUCAAUUCCAGUACAACGUUAAAUGGGAACAUGUUUCUAUUGGAUGAUGUUUCUGCUAAAGAUAAACCGGCUACAUCAACAACAAAACUCUACACAUGUAGUGUGCUGUAUAGACCCAGUAAGAAUAACAACUGUAGUGGUUAUUGUACUGAGAAUCCGUCUACUUUGUGUCCUAGUUGUGUGCGUGUAAUGAGUUAUCCUUUGACCCGCAUUGGGACACCCGUGGUGGAACCCGACGUGAAAGUGAAGGGAGGUUUUGUGAAAGAGGUUGUGACUUAUAUGGUGAUGGAUGAUUUGGUGGUUAAGCCUUUGUCCACUUUUUCAAGCAUUGCUUUCAUCAAUAGUUGUGGAGUGAAUGAUAUGACUCAGCUUGAGGAGAGAACAUUGCAUAUAGGAGAAGAAGAGGCAUUGAAGCUCUUGAAGGCAUCUUUAUCAACCAAUUCGGUGUUAACCAGUCUGUUACAGAAGAUAAAAGUGGAAGGAGGCGGAUCAAGAAAGCGGAGCAGGGAAGUAGGCGGAGGCGGAGCGGUGGAGCAGGCGAUUUGAGAUAACUCGAAUUUUUUGGGAAGAAAGGGGUUUUGGAAUUUUAAAAUUGAAAUAACUAAUUAUAUUCUUAUUUCACGUACGGGUCCUUCUUAUAAUGAAUUAUUUUAUUUAUUAGAUAAGGACUGAUUUCAUUGCAAACUAAUCAUCUUAUCCUUAAGUCACGUACUUUUUUUAAUUACCUUUUUAUGUUGGUUUAUUUGAUAAAAGCUUUAUGGUGUUUGCAUUGUGGAUUAGUACAUCAAGUGUUAUAAUCUAUA